GGACUGAGCUACUUCCGGGGGACAAUGGGCGGGUUGAAUAUUCUGUGCCUUUGGCGCGGUUCAUUUUGUUGCUAAACAUUUCAUCCUUCCGCAGCCAAAGGACCCAGAAGAGUGAGGAAGCGCUGACACCUCAGGUGCCAAGGCCGGAGCAGAUCAUUUCAAGCUCCCCGAUGGCCAUGGCCGUGGAUUUUAAAAUGUAUGUGGAUCAGGCAUGUAGAGCUGCUGAGGAAUUUGUCAAUAUUUACUAUGAGACAAUGGACAAAAGACGACAUGCACUUGUCAGGCUGUAUUUGGACAAGGCCACUCUAAUCUGGAAUGGAAAUGUUGUUACAGGGCUGGAAGCCCUUGCUAAUUUUUUUGAGAUGUUGCCUUCCAGUGAAUUCCAGAUCAAUAUGUUAGAUUGCCAACCAGUUCAUGAGCAAGCUACCCAGUACCAGACUACAGUGCUCGUCGUGACCAGUGGAGUGGUGAAGUUUGAUGGAAACAAACAACACUUCUUUAACCAGAACUUCCUGCUGACUGCACAGAGCACUCCUAACAGCACGGUGUGGAAGAUUGCAAGUGAUUGCUUCCGUUUUCAAGAUUGGGCUAGUAUUUAAAGGAGCAAAAGCCCGUUCGAUUGGUCCAUUAGUUCCAGCAAGAGAAGUUUAAUGUGAAUUAAUAUAUUUCGUUGCAAAAGUACUAUAAACUUAAGUGUAUGUGCUAAAACUAAAUGUAUGUAAUAUUUUUUUAUUCCUAGCAGCACCUUUGCUAGAUUAGCUGCCAGUUUGGAUUAUUGCCCUUAAAAGCUUUAAAGAUAGUUUUUUACAUGCCUUAUGCAUACAUUCCACUACUGAUACUCUCAAGGUAAUAUUAAACAUGAUCUAGGUACUAAGAUAUUCACUGUGAACCCGAUCUCUUGCACAAAUGGAGUCCUUUUUUGUAAUACUGUCUAUGGAAUAGCACAAGAUAGCUCUGUAGGAGGAAAUAGUGGUUUUUCAGUUAUUAGAGUAAUUUUUCAAUGAAGCACAUGCCUGUUUACGAUGAACAAUGGUACUAAAGUUUUAAUAUAUAAGUAUAGAUAUUUGAAGUCAGUUCAAUUUAAUUUUAUGCUAGUGUUCUGUCAUAUUUCAAUUGCAUAUAAGUGUAUAAUAGUCCUGCUGUUUUCUGACAUGUUUCCUUUUGAAAUGAAGUAAUCAACUAGAUGGGCGAAAAUGGUCUUGAUGGAUACUUGGGUAUUGGGUACAUUUAGUGGCAGUAGCAACUCAGAGAAACAUUUUCUUGGAAGCUUCAAGUCAAUAUAUUUAUGUGAUAAAUGGGAGUGAGAAUAAAAGCUUUAAUGGGAGAGUAUGGAAUGAGAAAUAUAGAAAUCUGAGACUGAAGCCAACACACGAGAGAGGUGGCCAUACUCGUGUCCUACCUCCUGCAAGUGUAGCCUAGUUUCAGGAUUGUCUCCCGAAAGUGUCUAAGAAUCCUUGCCAAAUGGUCCUAAAAACUGGAUUUUAAGAUCCUUUUACUCCCCUUCAUAUUUAUCUCCAGUGUCCACCCUAGUUUGUGAAUUCAUAGGAUUAAGAUAUCAGCAGUAAACUUUGUCUCAGAAUCUGAAAGGUAGAAAGGAGGCUACUGCUCAAUCCCUGUGUACCCCGAACUCCAAAGUAUUCCAUUUAGGCCUCGAGCCCACAGCCUCCUGGGUCUUACCCGCCACGCGCAGGAAUGAUUUUCUUCUCUGGUGUUUACACUGUCAACUGUAUUACCUACUUUUUAAAAUUAAAUCUAUGAUCUUAUGAUUUAUUUCUGUAUGGCACUGGAUUAGAAAUAAUAUUAAAAUAUUUCUGCUUAUGGUUAAAAAAAAACCAGAAAUCAAGGGAAAGAUCUUCAUGAUAAACUUCAAAGGAACAAACUCAUUAACUUUAUGUCUUAGCUUCUAAAGACAAAAAAAAAGUUUUUAGUUUUUAGUUAAAUUUUAAAUUUUACAAUUUUUUUGCAGUUUUUAAAUAUUUUAAGUUAACAUGCUAUCUUUGUUCUGUGGUAUGAUCAAAAUUAAAUUGUCACUCAAUUUUAAAACUAGUAAUUUACUUUGGUCCAGAAAUGCACUUUUAAUUAUUGUAUUAUUUAAAUGAAGUAGAAGGGGAUAGAACUGAUAUUUAAAACUAUGGUUUAUUUCAGUUCUUAUCAAAACAUACGCAUUCUAGACUAUUCAGAGUGGGCUUGCUCUUAUUUUGAAUUUUUUUCCAUUAACUACAUCUUUAGUGGAAACAAUUAAAAUGUCCAAUCGCUGCCCUUUCUAUUGGUGGAGAACAAUCUCAAAACUGUGUAUAAUUAGCAAUAACAGAAUUGAACCAUUGUGAAUUGCUUUAUCCAUACACUGUAUAAUUCCGUAAUGUGUAUGACUUUAAAUGGCUGGAACUGCUCAUGUGUGGACUAAACUAUUUUUGACAUGUUCAUAUUUUUAUAACUUAAAAAAUAAAAUAAAAAUGCAUUUUCACAA